UAAAAAUGAGGGUGGUUUGUAUUUUAGCGAUAUUGGUAAGUAUAUCUGAUGCAGAACCAGUCUCAUCGUUCCUUACUGAUGGAGAAAACAAGACAUCAACAUCAUUGGAGAGCAAAGACCAGGAUUGGAACGAUUUGAGCAUCAUACGACAGAUGAUAAACCAAGAGACUGUCAUCCGCCUCGCUUUGGUCAAAAAUGUCCACGCACUGGUUAAUGACGUCACCAGUUUGAAACAAAGUCUUGCGACAAGUGAAACAAAAAUAUCAGAACAACAGCGAACAAUUGCUUCUCUUAUACAAAAAAAUAGAGAACUUGAAAACAGUAGCAGAAUGAGCGAGGCUAGAAUAACGGAUCUGGAAACGAAAUUACAAACAGUUAACGAGAACGUCAGCACUUUGCACGAACAAUUAAACGACAUCCAGAGAGAUUCAGACGAAAAAAGGCGGGAAAUGUUUAACAAAACUCGUAAUGUUCUUGAUGAUAUCAAAAUAGAGGUACGCUAUCUUUCGGUCACGCUGUUAGAUUUCAAGGAAAGCACGGAGACUGAAAAUGAGUCGAGGGAUAAGAAAUACGAAGAACUAAAACGACAUUUUGCCAAUUCAUUUGAAGAAUUAAAAGCAGAAAUAUUUCAAAACGAACUCAACCUCACAAAAAACAAAGUGCUCAUUCAAAAUCUAGAUGAUUCUCAAUCGGAAAUUAGAGGAACCUUCACAGAAAUCUUGAAUAGAACAGUCACUAAGCUUGAAACACAGUUAAAAACGUCGGAGUAUGAGCAGCUUAAACUAUCGUCUGCUGUGGCUUCUUUGGAAGUGGCCAACAUGAACUUGUCCAGAUUGAACUGCGAUAAGGGUAACCACCAUGCGUUUACAGCGGGUAUAUCAUCAAGUAACUAUGGUUGGACAGGAGACACACUAGUGUUCCCCACAGUAAUCUACAGCGAAGGAACAGGCUACAACCCCAGUACUGGUAUCUUUACAGCGCCCAUAGCAGGGACAUAUGUGUUCUAUGUCUCUGUUCAGUCUGCUUUUCAAAAAUACAUCCAUUUAGACAUAGUUAUGAAUGGAUCCAGUAAGGUCAGGGCCAUGGCUUAUUACAGUGGGAGCAGCAGUUCGAUUCACCAGACCGGAACCAACCUGGUUAUCUUACAUCUACAGACCGGGGACAGUGUGUGGGUCAAACGAGGCAGUGGUACCGGUUACUACAGUAAUAGUGAUCACGUUACAACGUUCUCUGGAUUUAAACUUUAAUAGUUAAAAUGAUUUGAGAUCAAUCUCUAUUAUUAACAGAAAUUGAAGGAAUAUUUUAAAAAAUGGUUCUUUUGUGCUGUGUUCAUACUUUUUUUUUCUGAUUUGACUGAUGUAUUCCAUCGAUCUAGAACCUUCUUUUACAGCACAUAUUAUAUUUUAUCAUAGGAUUAAAAUGUGUCAGAACAAAUAUAAUAAAGAAUUUUGAA